CUUCAACAACAGGGCUUGCGAGCUGCUGUUCUGCUAUGCCAAGAGAUCCAACUCUGCGGAGCGCUCGUGCUUUUGGCACAGCAUUGGCGUCCCUUUCAUGAGAGACUUCUAAAAUGCUGUCAAAUAUGUCCUCAUUUAUCCCGCAAUGUUGAACCACAUCGCGUCUGGAUGAUGAGCUCUUCGCAAGCUGAGCACUGAAGCUCCAAACAUUUUGAGUCCAUGGCUGCCCUCGACAUGCACCAAAUCAAGGACCAGGACACCGAGCCCAAUUCAUCAUCAGCGUACAGAGUGGCAGGGCUGCCCCAUCAGCCUGAGGACAUCAUCUUCUGUGUGGAUGUCGAUCGAGCAGUGGACACAGAGAUGAAAGGAGCGACCUCGUCCAGGCUGGUGGCAAUCAAGCAGGCAUUGCUGCUCUUUGUAACGGCCAAGCUUGCAAUGGAUUCGAGGCACAGGUUUGCGGUGGUCACGCUUGGCGACACGGCCAAAUGGCACCACCGCGAGUUCACCAACCACUUCGAGUCCCUCCAGCAGUCCAUCCAGGCGCUCUCCUCGCAGGGCCUCUUUCUCUCCUGCGAUCUGCUGGAGCUCUUCAAAAUGGCGGCUGCUGAGGCCAAGGCCCGGACAGAUCGUCUUGUCCGAGUGAUCUUGGUGUACGUACGGUCCAGCGUCCUCCCAACAAUGGCGGUGGAGUGGCCCGCCUCUCUCCGCACGUUCACUUGCGAUGCCAUCUACCUCCACGACAAGCCGAACCGGGACAACUGCCCGCAGGCGGUGUACGACGCGCUGGUGCAGUUCCUGGAGGCCGUGUCCCUGCACGAGCUGUACCUGCUGGAAAGCGCGGCGGGCGUGGCCAAGACGGUCUUCAAGUCCAUGUGCGUCCUCCUCUCGCACCCGCAGCAGCGCGCGCCGCAGGACGAGCUCGGCGAAUUCCCCCGGGACCUGGCGAAAAUGUUUCCGCCUCCUCCGGAUCCGGUGCCACCUCCUGUAGAGGAGAAGAAACGGAAGGAGGAGAAGAAGGGAAAAGAGGAUAAAAAGGGGAAGGAAGAUAAAAAGUCAAAGUCGGACGAUAAAAAGUCAAAGUCGGACGACCGAAACACCGUCACAGUUGUUACAGUCUCGAGACCCGGCGACAAGUGAAAGGCGUGUUCCGAGCCAUAUCUCGUUUUCAUACAGUGUAGCUUUUGGUGCAUGCAUUUCCCUAUUCAAUAAGUUCCGGC